AUGAAAACAUCGGGUACCACAACUUAUAAAAUUUCCACUAGUAGUAAUGGAAAUCCUCCCGAAGUAAAAACUUUUACUGUUUAUACCACCACUACCACUUACACUUCUAAUUCAAAUGAUCCAUUCUCUGAUUUGGAAAAAUUUAAAAAAGAAGUAGAAACAACAUUUUUUGAUAAUGAUGAUUUUAGAAAACAAUUUUGGAAUACAAAUUUUGAUAAUCAUUUCAAUGAUAAUAUUGAUUCUACGCAUCACGUUACAUAUGAAGAAUUACCUGAACAACCAGAGGAAUUACCUGAAGAGUAUACUUUAUACGCGAAACCUACUCAAGAAGUUAAAUAUGAACCUUGCCCUUAUAAUAAUCAUAAGAAAGCUCUCAUGAUAGGAAUUAAUUAUAAAGAUCCAUAUCGAUUAAACGCAAAUAUCAUUAGAGAGAUGAAAAAUUUUGUGAAAAAUGUUGAAAAAGGUGAUUCUGGACAUGGUGGACAACAAAUGGAUCCAGAUAAUGAUGAAGAUGAUGGAUACGAUGAAACCAUUAUGCCAUUAGAUUUUCAAACUAAUGGACAAAUUGUUGAUGAUGUAGAAAUGCAUCACAUGAUGGUAGAUCCUCUUCCUGCCGGAGUGGCACUUACAGCAAUUUUUGAUUCUUGUCAUUCGGGAACUGUACUUGAUCUACCUUAUAUUUAUUCUACUCAAGGACACGUAAAAAAACCAAAAAUUGUUGAAGGUGGAAAGAAGAAAAAUACUGCAGCUGGUGAAAGAAUUAGAAGAAAGAAUUUGGAGACAAAAUCUAGUCCAGCUGAAAUUAUUAUGUUCAGCGGGUGUAAAGAUGAUCAAACUUCAUCUGACGUGACUACCAAUGGAGUUUCCACUGGUGCUAUGUCACAUGCUUUUAUUAAAGCAUUGCAAGAAGGGGGUAAAAAUCAGACUUACAAAGAAUUAUUGAAUCGUCUUCGUGCUAUAUUACGUGAAAAAUAUUCGCAGCGACCUCAACUAAGCUCGUAA